AUGAACAGUAUCAGCGGAUGUUCGAGCAUUUAUGAAGGCGUUUUGAGCGUACUCCAAAGGAUUCAGGAGUACAAUCAUGUGCUUUGUAAGUUGAAGAAAGAGUUACGGUACUUUCGAACUGAUUUUUAGCUAUUGGCCAGUCGUUCGUGUUCCAACAGACUAAUUACACCAAAUUCGGAUAUAUAUUGAUAAAUCGAUUCCGAAACACAUUGUGUAUGUGUACCCGACAGGACUAUGGCCUGUAA